AUGACGGAACACAACAGAAACUCUCACUCAUCGCUUCGCUUAUUCAAGGGCCGCUGUCGAAACAGUGAAGACUGGAACCUCUACUGGCGGCGCUCUGCAUUUCGAAACUCAGAGUAUCACAACCUGUUGCCAUGGCAGCGCCUCAACCACCAUCCCAGAACUGUUGGCAUCACACGCAAGGACUGCUUGGCUCGCAACCUGAGGAGAAUGAGAGCCACGUUUGGUUCAUCUCUCUACGACUUCAGUCCCACCGCCUUCAUCCUCCCCAACCACUACACCCGCUUCCUGUCUGAAUACAACAACCUGCACGUGACCCGGGGACCGCCCGUCUACUGGAUAUGCAAGCCUGUGGAUCUCUCCAGAGGCCGGGGGAUCUUCAUCUUCGAGGACGUUAAGGACUUGGUCUACGACUGCUCUGUGAUCGUACAGCGGUACAUCAGCAAACCCCUGCUGAUCUCCGGCUACAAGUUCGACCUGCGGAUCUACGCGUGCGUGAAGAGCUUUCACCCGCUGACCGUUUACAUCCACCAAGAAGGUCUGGUGCGUUUCGCCACCGAGAAGUACAACUUGUCAUCCCUGCGCAACCUGUACGCUCACCUCACCAACACCAGCAUCAACAAGUUCGGCCCCUUCUACAAGGCGGCAAAGGGGAGAGUGGGCCAAGGAUGCAAGUGGACCAUGAGCAAGUUCAGGCAUUUUCUCCACAGCCAGGACAUCAACGAGCUCCUCCUGUGGCAGAGGAUCAACAACAUCGUCACCCUGACCCUCCUCGCCAUCGCUCCAUCCGUCCCCUCCUGCCCAAACUGCGUGGAGCUGUUAGGCUUCGACAUCCUCGUCGACGUCACGUUGAAACCGUGGCUGCUGGAGGUCAACUACAGCCCUGCGUUGACUCUGGACUGCCAAGUGGAUAUUACAGUGAAGAGAGGGCUGAUCAGCGACCUCAUUGACUUGAUGAACUACACAUUGAGCGACAGCUUGAGAGAGAGGGCCGAUCGGAGACAUGGGUACAAGCGGCUUUGUUUCCGCGCCAAGCGCCGCUCGCAUGUUCCAACACCACCCAUGCUCUCCAAGUUUGAAGGAACCAAAAUGCAGAAGCAAAGGAGUGGCAGCCAGUCCUCACAGACACUACCUCCUAUAAAAACUCUACGCCAGCCUGAAAAGAUGAACCAAAGACGGUCCAGACAACAUGCUUCUGGGGCCGACUACCAAAGACGCCUUCCCCCUGUUGACUCAAACCAGAUAUAUGCAACCAGGGGCAGACUAGCCAACGAAACCCACAGGGACAAGACCCUGAAUCUGAUAUUCGGCCCGUGUUCAAGGAAAAAUGCGUCAGUGGUGAACAGACGGACGUGUUCGGCUCUCGCACCGCAGAGGAGUCUUCACGUGUCUGAGGUUACAAGCCACGACGACACUGAAACAGAAGCUGAGACGGAGCGCUCUGGAGAGGCAGACGCGUCCUCUUCGAUACGCGAUACCCCACACAGGGAGCUGGGAUUUAGACGGUCAAAGCUCCCCAACAUUUACAGUGGGAGUCACGGAGCAGUAAGGAUGGAGAGGACUCUGAACGGACAACACGUUCCUCCGCUCAGAGUCGGAGACUUCAUACGGACAUUCCCGUUUAAUGCCGCCACUCUGAGGGCCUCACGGCAUGAACUGGAUGUUAAGGUGGUCAUACAGGAGCUUCACAAGCUCACUGCCCAGUUGGCCACACCAGGCGAGAGGUUGAGGAGAGAAGAGGAGGUGAAGAAGGAGACGGAUGGUGAAGAGUUUGAUGCACUGCUGUGGGGGCCGAAGGAUCCUCCGUUGCUCAGUCAAUGUUUUAAACCCACUUAACCCACUUUCCUGAUGUGUUGCUAA